GGGGCGGAGACAUGGUGAUGUCACGGGUGUUGGACGUAAAAGUGCUUCCAGAGCCCACAGCUGGGUGUAGAUCAGAGUUGCACCUCUGCUGAAAUCAUGCAAUGGUAAGUUGAUACACACAUGCUCGUCUUAUUUUCUCGUCUUUCUUUGUGUAGGAGAUUUUUACCGAGUCGUUGAGUGGAGAGCAGACAGAUUGCUUUUGCACGUAUGCAUAUUUCUGCAUGUUGUUUGGUUAGACAGUGUAGAGGAGGCUUUCUUUUUAAGUGAUAAAGAAGAGGAAACUCUGUGCCGGGUCAUCUGAUAGCCUAGAAACCUUUGCCACAGCAGCAGAUCGCCUGUAUUUAUGCGUCCUCCCCACGUCCUCUUUCUCUCUCUCUCCUGGGUUGUGAAGUGAAACAAUAACACUGAUCUGUCAUGUCACCUCACAGCUCUCCCAAGCCUCAGUUUGCCAGCUGGCUCAUCGAGCAGGUGGAGACUGGCCAGUACGCCGGUCUGUGUUAUGUCGGGCCCAACAAGUUCAGAGUCCCGUGGAAACACAACUCGAGAAAGGACUGCAACGACGAGGACGGGAAAAUAUUCCGGGUAGGUCUAAUGUCUAGUAUCGGAGUAGUGAAAACUGACAAGCAUGUGUCAGUCACAACAACAACAAGUGCUUUAUUGAGUCAUCACUGACUCAUCAGCUGAGAUUUCUGGCUUUUAUUAUUGUCAGAGUAUUGAUGUAGGAUGUGGGUGCAGGUGAUACCAAUACUAGUGGUGACACUCCCACUUUAAUCUCUGCAAUCUAUAAAAAGAAAGAGACAAUUAGUAUAAUGAGGAGAUUAUAAAAGACUUUAUAAAUUUGUGAAGCUUUCACCUGAACUUAGAAAUUGCAUACAUAGGAACAGGGCUGAAUAUAGAAGCCCACUAUCACCAGACUGAAUAAACAGAGACUAAGCCUUGCUGUGAGAAAUCCUAAUGUGAAGUAUUUUAUGAGAUAAAAAGUUCAUAAAUAAAGCAAGAAAAAAAAAGGCAAGAUAAAGUGCUAUAAUUAUUUGAUAAAGAAAAAAAAAACCUAAUAGCUGGAUAAUGAAAUAGUAACAUCUCAUAUUGAUAACUUCUUAUUGGAUAAUUUGAUAUUUUUUGGUCCCAUACCUGACUUCCUUUGUCCUAAUUACUCUUUUCAUAGUUUCACCUUUUCACUCAUUAUUCUGUUGUACUGUCAUAAUUUCAUAAUAUGAUAGUUUAUCACAUUGUUAUAAUUAUUCUUUGCACCUUGGAAUUACAGUUACGGUCUCAUAGAUUUGACGAUCUAUCUAAUAAUUGUGCCUUCUUAUUCUCAUAGAUUUCCUUUUUUUUCCUACAAAUAUAACGUGUCAAUUAGUUUUUCAAACAAAUGACAAGGUUUUUAAACAACAAGCCCAAGUUUGGUUGUUUUGUUGCUUCUAGAAAUGGGUUUUUAGAUAAAUGUUUUGGUGUAAAAAGUAUAGCAUUUUUAUCUGAAAUAUGAUGAAGUUUACACCUAGAUUUUCAUAAAUAUGGGAAACUACAUCCAGAUUUGUACGCUGAGAGUAAUCACAGAUAAUGUUAUCUGCAUGGUUAACAGGCCUGGGCAGUCACAAGUGGAAAAAUCAACGAGUUCCCAAAUGACAAGGCCCGAUGGAAAACCAACUUCCGCUGCGCUCUGAACAACCUCUCUGUGCGCUUCAAGAUGAUAAAGGAUAACUCCAAGAAUUCAGACGACCCACAUAAAAUCUAUGAGAUUAUCAACACUGAGUGUAAGAACAUAGUUAUCUAAGCCAUGAAUACUGGAUCUCUUUUCAUUUUAAAUGAAUUUAAUGAUGGGUUGUUUCUCUUUCGGUAGAUAACUAUGCAAGCUUGCUGGCACAAGACUCCCAAGGGGAUAUGUCCUUGGAUAUCCUAAACUCCCCCAUAGAGGUCUUUCCCUGGGGAAAUGAGGUACAGACAGGUUUUACUCUGUGGAGUUUUCUGUCCUACAAAAUUCAUCAAGUGUCUAACUUUUGUUUCCUUUUCUUAAAAACAGCUCAAUCUGGUUAACAGUCUGGGGGCCUUGGAUCUUGGGAACUGUCCAUCAGGUACAGAGUCUCACACAAAAGGGAACUUCUGAAUUCGUCCAAUAAAUUAAUGAUGUCCUGUGAUAGGUUUUAAUCCAGCUCUAAUGUAGUUUCAUCAACUUUAUUGAUGUCUUUCACAGAGGAGCAGCCCUGGGCAGAGAACUAUGGGCAGCCUAAUCCAGCUGUGGUGGAAAGUUAUCCUGUGGCAGCUGAGAACAUCCAACAGCCUCUACCAGAUCAGCCGUCUUACUACGAGUGUAUGUUUAGUCAAAUAUGAUUGAAAGUUAUGCACUGCAACCAAACUCCACAUUGGAAACAAAGACCUCUUAUCUUUUUUUUUUUGUCUUCCCUACAGUAAAUCUUCCAGCACCCCUCAGCCCACCUGCGCAGCCGACUAUUUAUGACCUAGAGAUCUCCAUCCAUUACAGGAAAAAAGAAAUACUCAAGACUACAUUCAACACUGCCCGUCUCCAGCUCCACUACCACCACAUGGCCCCUGAGCUCAAUGCCCAACAACUUUGCUUCCCCUCCACAGAGGGUCUGCUGGACCAAAAACAGGUGCACAUACAUGAGUAAUAAGUUCAGUCAGACUUAUUUUGAAAUAGUAUUAACAAUCAAGAAACUGUUAAAAAAAAUAAGACCAGCUAAUAGUUCAUGUUACCUCUCCAAACCUUUUUACACGUAUGUGGUGUCCAGCUCAAACCCAACCUUUCCAUGUUUUUAUGAUGAAUACAAGUUAACCUUGAUCACACCAUCAAAUCAUGCAGAGUUGAGGCUGUGGUUUCUAGCAGUCUACCUACCACAGUCAGGAAACUGUACCUAACAUGCUGAGAACAAUCACGUUACAAAUGUGCACAUGAUACUUUAAGACAUCACACACUCUAGCUUUUAAAAGAUUGCAGAAAAAAAAUGAGCUUGCUCCUUCACAAAGAGCUUUGAUCAGAUUAAAUUCUUAUGUUUAGUUUUCUGUUAUUGCAACACCUCAAAGUGUUUUUUUUUUAGUCAGAAAUCCACCACAGGAGGGGGAGAUGUAUGAAUUUCUACUUUUAGCCUCAGGAAACCCCUUUUAUCCAUCCCUCUUUAUACUGACUGUCUGUGGCUAUUCCGACCUUUUCCUGUAAUCCCAUCGGCUCUCUGGGGAUUGUAAAAAGUCUGGCAGAGGGUGGUUACUGAGGGAAGUGGUGGAAAUGAGGAGCUGUUGCACCAAAAAAAAAAAAAACACAGUUAGUUACACCCCAAAGGAACAGCUAAAUAACACUGAAAACCAUAAGUUAAGAGAAGCAUCUACAUUAGGUCUUAAAUGUGACCACACUUUUUUAAAUCACUGUCUUCUUUGUGCCAGAUUGAAUACACCAACCGCAUCCUCAACAGCAUCCAGAAAGGUCUCCUCCUGGAAGUUCGGGAAACUGGUAUUUAUGGCUACAGGCAGGACAAGUGUCAUGUGUAUGCCAGCACUAGUGACCCCAGCGUGGCUCACCCAGACCCCAGAAAGCUGCCCCAGAACACCAUGGUGGAGCUCCUCAGCUUUGACAAAUUCAUCCAUGGUGAGUGUCUAAUAGAGUAGAUAUACAAUUACUACAACAAUCCCUAUUAUUAGCUUGAAUUCAGAGUGAGCAUGAAGUGUGAAAUAAGUGGUUCUGUUUCAGAACUGAGGCACUUUAAAGAGAACAACGGCAGCUCUCCUGAAUACACAAUCAACAUGUGCUUCGGAGAGAAGUUCCCUGAUGGAAAACCUUUGGAGAAGAAGCUCAUUGUAGUCAAGGUAAUGCUGUUUCCUCUUUCCUUUUGCAUUUAUUUCCUCCAGAAGGGCAGUGAUAUAAGAGUCCUUUUAUUACUGAACAUUAACUGCACCAAGAACUUGAAUCAUUUUUACCUCCACCAAGGAGGUUAUGUUUUCGGUAGCGUUGGUUUGUUUGUUUGUUUGUUAGCAACUUUACGGAGAAAGUAACAGACGUGUUGACCUGAAAUUUUCAGCAGAGGUGCGUCUCAGCCAUUAAAUUUUGGUGGUGAUCUGGACAAAAUUCCGGAUACUGUGAUCCAGAACACAUAAAAAUAAGGGUGUCGUUGGAAUUUUCAGUGCUGAAAGAUAACCAAUGGGCAGCACAGUGGUGUAGAUAGGCAGCACAGUGGUGUAGUAGAAGGUCCUGGGUUCGAAUCCUGGUCAGGGCAUUUCUUGUUUUAGGAACAUUAUGAACAGUGAACAUACCAGCUUAAACACAAAUAAACAUGAAAAGUUUUGGUGUGAAUCACAAUAUAAGGGGGGACAUGAGCUGCUUGGCGGAGGUCUGCGCUCUCCGAGUGCUUUUCUAGUUGCACAUGGAUCCUGAUUGUAAAGGUUCAAUAUUAUCUCUCCGUCUCCCUCUGCUCCUGUAGGUGGUUCCUCUGAUCUGUCGGUACUUCCAUGAGGUGGCUCAGAUGGAUGGCGCUUCGUCCCUUCACAGCGCCAAUGUCAGCCUGCAGAUCUCACACAACAGCCUUUUCGAUCUCAUUUACAACGUCUUUGGAGUGCCUUCAGCUGAAUAUCCAACACAGGCGAACCCACCCUUUCUACCUACAAUCUGAAAUUUCAUCCCCCAUUUGCUUCUGAAAAAAGGACUAUUCACUCAACAGCCUUUAGGACCACAUAAAGCCUCACAGUCUGCUCUAUCUUCCCAAACUAUGCUAACAUGUAUUUUAUUGAAAGUGUCUUAUGUGUAUAAAACAAACUUUUCCAUGUUAUCAUCAACCCAUCCUCUUGCAAUGCUCCUGUUCACUUUAAGCUCUCAUUACUCAUGAUUGUAAGCACAAAACUGACUACUUCACUACAUAGGCAGAAAUAAGACUUCUCAGCUGUUUGACUGUUACAAUGCUUCAUGGUUAAUGCCCAAAAAUCAACUUUAAAUGAUCACUGUAUGUCAAACCAUAUCAAUGUGUUUUUAGCUACUAGUGUAUUUAUGAGAGACAAUCAAAAAUUUUAUGUGUCAUACUCCCAGUUUCUGGGGUGAACUUUUUUGCACUUCUCUAUGUUUACAAACUUUCCAAUCUGCAGGUUGUCUUGCACUUUUCAUUCCCCAAAAGAAGGGUUUGCUUUGAAAUAAAGUCUCAAACACUGGA